CCAUGGCAGCAGGUCAAGGUCGUCCGCCAACUCCCCCAUCUUCCAUGGUGUCUGAUCUGAAUGCAGGGCAUGGUCGUUUCCCAUCAGUGCAUCGAGUUUAUCGGAUGCCUUCAUCUCCCAUGAUGGUAGGGUUAAGAAUGUCGUCGCCGGUGCCAGUACAUGCCACGCCAUCCCUAUCUCCGUCUCUGCAAGCUGGAUUUAGGCCCCCUGUCCAUCGAGUAGGGUUGGCUCCUCCCCGUCCUGGAGCUUCGACUUUGUGUGGAGAUGUUCAGGAGACAGGAUCAAGAGCCGACGAGGUGACGAACAUAGCUGAUGCCAUGAGCGGAGCCGCAGCCACCGACAAGUUGUAUCUAGGUUGGAAUGUUGGUGAGCAACAGUACAUGAGACAAGAACGCAAUGAAAAUUCACUAAUGCACCGUUGGUCUACUAUUCAAGAAGCCGUGAACAAGUAUUGUGGAUAUCUUAGUAAGAUUCAAGAAAGAAAUGAAAGUGGUGUCAGACUUGACGACCAGGAAAUGCAGGCUAGAAUAUGGUACAAGAAAGGUGAUGAACAUCAGAGGACAUUUAACUUCAUGAACUGUUACCGCCUAUUGAAGAACCAACAAAAAUGGAUGGUUUGGAUGGCCAAACGCGCUCAGUUGGUGGAACAACAGAAGAAUCCGAACAAAAGGCAGAAGAGUACAACCAACGCAGCUCCUGUAAUGUCCACCGAUGUUCAUGCCGCUGCUAUUGGGGAUGUAGCUGCAAAUGGACAGGAAAGACCACCGGGAAGGAAGAAGGAGAAAGAGAAGUUGGCGAAACGAUCGGAUCAAUCACGGUUGGACGCAUUAACCCUUAUUUUGGCUGAGGAAAAAGAGAGUGAUGCUGACAAGAAGAAGGAGAGAUCAGAGAGGUACGCUCGCGCAUUCUCUCUUCAGGAGCAGAAGAUAGCUAUACAAAAAGAGGAGUUUGAACUGAGGAAAAUGCUAGAAGAAGAGAGAAUUGUGAGAAUGGAUACUAGCGAAAUGCCAGCAGAUCAACAGGAAUUCUAUAAGAUACUGAAACAACAAAUUAUAGCUCGCCGCACCAUCAACUUGGAUUCAUCAUAGCUUCUCAUAUAUUAGCUUUUUUUACUUGGAUAAAUUUCUAGACUUUAACUUUAUAAUUUGUGUACAUUUAAACAUGUAUGUUUUGGAUGAACUAUAAGUAUUGUUAUCCUUUGAAUGCUUCUGUUGUUAGCCAAAUUGUUCUGUUGUCAGCUUAAGUGGUCC